UAGCCAGAGGGUGGAGACGGUGAACAAUGAAGGAGCUGACUGGUAGGACCAGCAACAUCUGAGACUCCCUCCUCCUGCACUAGGUCCCGCUGGACCGACGGACAAGACAGAAAGACAGCAGACAGCAGGACGCGCAGGAGGAGUUUGGGAACAUGUCGAUGCGUCUUUGCGCGCUGCACAGAGCGCCGCUUUGCAUGAGUCCCCCUGCCUGGAUGUGAAUGAAUGGGUCCGCCUCAGUGUGUGUGAGUGUGUGUGGUGCUGAAGUGGGUCAUGCGGACCACUGGAGGAGCGAAAGAUAAACACGCAGCCUCCUCCCGCGGCUUGGCAGGUUGAGAUGGUGGGCGCUCAGAGGAGGGAUCCCAGCCUCGGCAUCCAGCGUCAGAUGCUGCUUCCAUUCAAUCCGCCUCCAAAGGAAGUCUGAAGAGGAGCAGGACAGUGUUUCAUCAGCUGUAAACCUGCGAGAUUUUUUUUUUGAAAGAAAGCAGUUUUUGCCCCCCUCUCAGCGCCUUGUGAGUGAUCGGAGGGAGAAGCUUCCGUCAGGAACGUCAGGGCUGAGCGGAGCGCAGCAGCAGCUCUGCUCGCCGAGCGGAUGCAGGACCAUGGAGGAGAGAGACAGGUCGCCAGCAGUCUGCCCCACAGCGUCAAGGCGAGCCUGUCUCUUUCUCCAUCUGGACCGGGACGGGUGGGAAGUGGCGGGGGCUCCCCUACAUCCAAAAUGGGCUACUGUGGAGGGGUGCCAGUGGAGGACAUGCAGGCCCUGGCUAUCACCUCUCUGUCAGCAGCAGAUGUAGCCAAACAGUAUGAGCACAUCCGCGAGCUGGGGAAGGGCACGUAUGGCAAGGUGGACCUGGUGGCGCACAGGACGCAGGGCACCAAGAUGGCGUUAAAGUUUGUUACCAAGAAUAAGACGAAGCUGAAAAGUUUCCUGCGGGAAUACAGUCUAACAGGCUCACUUAGCUGCAGCCCUUUCAUCAUCAAAGUCCUGGACGUGCUUUUUGAGACAGAGGACAGCUAUGUGUUUGGACAAGAAUAUGCCCCCGCCGGGGACCUUUUUGACAUCAUACCCCCACAGGUGGGUCUGCCAGAGGAAAUGGUCAAACGCUGCAUGCAGCAGCUGGGUUUGGCCCUGGACUUUAUGCACAGUAAAAACCUGGUGCAUCGGGAUGUCAAACCUGAGAAUGUGCUCUUGUUUGACCGCGAGUGCCGCCGCAUCAAGCUGGCUGACUUUGGCAUGACCCGGAGGGUGGGCUGCCGUGUGAAACGGGUGAGCGGCACCAUCCCCUACACAGCUCCAGAGGUGUGCCGCGCCAGCCGUGCAGAGGGUUUCCUUGUGACCACCAGUCUGGAUGUGUGGGCGUUCGGGGUGCUGGUGUUCUGCAUGCUGACAGGCAACUUCCCCUGGGAGGCAGCUUUACCAGCCGACGCCUUCUACGAGGAGUUUCGGCGCUGGCAGAAAGCCGGGUGUCCUGUGGGAACGUAUCCGUCCCAGUGGCGCCGCUUCACCGACGAUGCUCUUCGCAUGUUUCAGAGGCUGCUCGCUGCCGAGCCGGAAAAACGCUGUGGAGUCAAGGACGUCUUCUGCUUUGUCAAGUACGAGCUGGUCAGCGAGCUCAGGCGAAGAGCGUCUUGCCGAGCGAAGAGGGGCGAGAGGUCGAGCUCGGGGGUAUGCACUGGCAGUUGCACCUCCUCAUCAUCCACUACUUCACGUUCCUCCCACAGACACCCUGAACCCUCCACCCCGCCGGGAACUUCCUGCCUGCGACCAGCGCCGCUCAAACGUAGUGUCCUCUCCGACCCGCUGUCUCCCAGAGAGGAGUCUGGACAGCACCAGUCUCCAGGCCGAGACAAGAACAAAAGCCAGAUGGUGAUGGCAACGGCCAUCGAAAUCUGCGUGUGACCAUACUAAUCUUAGUGCUGGAGAUAAGAUGGCUCUUCACAGUGAUAACAAGCUGUGAAGAGGUGUUAAUGUCUAGUGCAGAGAACCCAGUGAAAAAGAAGAGGUACUUUAACCAUGAAAGAGAAGCUCAGGAUCCCAUCCCAAGCUGUGGAAAUGGACAUCAUCAAUCAGUGGUGCACACUUGGACAGCUUAUCACUGACAUUCAAUGCCAUUUAGGUUUUGAUUUGUGACCAAAGACUGCUUCCCAAGCUGAGAAGUCAUGCAGGCAGCGUCUCAGAGUUCGCUGUUGCUCCUCUAAGCAGCUCCUUCUGCCAUCCUGACAUUUGUGUUUCCUGCCCAUACACUGUGGUGGUGCUAAUGAUUCUUUAUAGUUAGAUUCACUCCAUGUCUCGAUAUGUUAGUGCUUAUUUAUCUCAGAAUAUUAGCUCCAGGAAAACUUCAUCUGAUCAGGUGAUGCUGCUUAGACUGAAGCCGGUGAUCCGAGGGCAAACUACGCAACUGCCAUUUCUCCGACUUCCUGCCAACUUCUGAUGCAUAAAACUUUUUCAAGAUUACAAAGAGAAAAAGAAAAAAAAUAUUAAUGUAGCAGUUCAACAAGACAUCAUUUCAUGUAGGUGUCUGGACUGAGACUCUCACUGAUAGGCAUCAACUCAGGACACUCCAGUGGGUCACUUCAUGUUUUAUUAUUAAUGGAAAUCCAUUGAGUGGCUGUGAGACACAUCUGCCACUUUUGAACUGCUCUCAAUGAGAUUCCUCUCCAAUUAAACAUAACAGAAUACAGGGAUUGUACAUUUACUGAAUGAAAAAAGGUACUGAACAACCAAGAGGAGAAGAAAGGUCUUUUUAUUGUUUCUUUUCUACCUGCUGUGUGUGUUUUGGACGUGUAUGUGUGUUUCAAAUGCUAAAGCACAAGAUUUUUGUAAAGGAGGACAACUCGUAGAGUUCAACUAUGUAGCUGUACUAAUUUUCUACAUCGGGGAAAAGGGGUUUUAAAGCGACUGUCGGGGCAAUGCACUGUAUGUAGCAACAAAAUAUGACAGAAUGUACAGUCUAUCACAACAAAUUACAUGUAUAGAAAUAUGAACUAGAGCCUAUCACAUUGUAUAACAUUGUAGCAGCUGCUGCUCUCCUUUUUAUUUUAUUGUUUUUGAUUUUAUCUGAAUUGGAUCAACUUUUUUUUUUUUUAACCAACAUAUGGGGUAAGAGGCAUCAGUCAUUCCUGCAGUGUCCUGUCACUGUAAAUCAUGAGCAACAUCCAUUUUCUGUGUAAAAUAAUCAUCCUGUUAAAGCUAAUGAGAGCUACUUUGCAGGUCGACAUGUUGGAGUAUGCUGCUGCAGCUCCUUUGCUCACCUUUAAUUUAAUCUUCCUUGCUCUCUAUGGGAAUAUAUCCAAAUAGCAGAACCCAAGUGGUUAUUAUCUGUGUCAACCAUUGACAUCGCACGUGCUGUUAAUCGAUACCGAGCAGCUUCAGCUUCCAUCAAUAUACCACUUAUGUAUCUUCGGUGUGAAAGUUCAUCACCAUCAUUUUUCCUGUUCAAAUUGCAUUUCGUCCUCAGGUGUGCAUAUGUCCGCAGUAUAUCUGUGUUUGUGUCCCUAAAUGUGUCCCCGCUUUCCUCAUUUCCCAACUCCUCCUAUUACAGCCCAUCACCACCGUCGCCAUAGUGACAGCACCAGCGCUGCCCCGGUCUGGCUCCUGUCCUCCUCUCAAACAUCAAGUCUAAUUGAGCCCAAAUGAAACAACCGAUCACCAACCCCUCCUCCCACCCUCCUGGCUGCCGUCCACGGCUCCUCAUGACAGUUGCUUAGCUUAUUAUACUGGAUGAUGCAUUUCUGCAGAUCAAAUUUUCCUGCGUUUUAUGAGCAAGUUCGGAGUCUUUAUUCAGUCUCAUUAAAGCGGAUGAUGGUCCCGAUCAUUUUCUAUGCCUCUCACCAUCCUCACUAUUCUGCAGAGGUGACCUGAUUGAGGCUGAAGCCUUGUCAAAGGAAUGUAUUGUCUGCUGAGAUGCUGGCUGCCGCACAGGAUUUGUCAAGAGGUAAUCCUUCAGUAGACUGUAGUGAAAUGUGAAUUAGUCCUGCCUUACAACUUACUAUUCGGUAUUCUUAAUAAUGUCAGAUCUACGUAACAGAGAAAGACGGGGAUUAGAUGGACCCUCAGACAAUGUAUGAGGUAAAAUAAAGUAAUGCAACUCAGCGGAAGUUAAUGCAACAACAACAUAUCCUGGAAUAAAAAUACCUUAAGGCAAAUUUAUUUAACUUAACAUGCCAUGAUGCAACUUAAUAUUAACUUAGAGUGUUCAUGUGUGUGCAGCUGUUACUUUGUUAAAAAUCAGAGCCAUUUGCAUCAUUAUACUACUCUGAAUUGUUGAAAUGUGAACUGUUGUUUCUCAUGGACUGUUAUGACAGGAACUGUCAAGUUUAAUGAUGAGGUGUCAGAUUUUACCAAGUUUAAUUUAAGCUCUAGAGAGAACAUCUUUCCGCUUACCCACUUUAUCCUGAUCCAGUGAGGAAACGGUUUUAUUUUCUGCCAGCAAAUCUUGUUGUAGAAUCUUAUGUAAAUACUGUACAUACUGUGUCUUUAACAAAAAGAGAAAAAAAAUAUAUAAAAAUGUUAAUAUAUGUCGAAAUAAAUUUAUGCACCACA